AUGGGGUUCUUGGAUGGAGAUGAUUUUUGGUUCAUUGGUCAAAAUGUCACUGAUUUUGUUAAUAAUGUUGAUAGUGAAUGGGUUUGGUUAAGGGUAUAUCACAAUGGUAGCAUUUCCAAUCCGCCACUCGGAGAACUUGAGAAUGAUAUAAGGAAGUUGGAAGUUGAUCAGCAGAAUGGUAGCUUGGUUUCUUAUCCUAAUCUCCUCGGUGAACCGGACAACAUACACUAUUUAAGGACUAGACAAUGUGGUUACAGAAGCAAUUGUAGGUUUAAUCACCCUUCUUAUGUGGGACGGGAGGAACCUAUGGAGGAGAAUUUCCCGAAAGAGUUUGGCAACUUGAUUGUGUGCAUUAAGACAGGGACUUGCAAAUAUGAAUCAUCCUGUAAAUAUCAUCAUCUGGCAGAUAGAAAUGGUGUUGGACAAGUUUUGUACAGUACUGGGGCCUUCCUUUUUGAUAGGAAAAAAAGCUCGUCAGUCGUGCAAUUGUCUAGUCCUCCAUAUGCUCUUGGACCACCCCUGCAGGGGUUUCAAAACUAUGGAUUUGUUAUUGUAUCAUCUCAAAGCAUUAUAUCUUCAAAUGGAUGGAAUACUUAUCUGGGGUGUCUUGUGCCUGCUUUGGGAUUAGAUCUCAGUUAUUACAAAAUGUAG